AUGGCUGCGUGGGGAAGGAGGCGUCUGGGCCCAGGCAGCAGCGGCGGCAGCUCCCGAGAGAAGAGGGUAAGCUUGUCGGCCACGGACUGCUACAUAGUACACAAGAUCUACAAUGGGGAGAACCCCCAGGACCAGUUUGAGUACGAGCUGGAGCAGGCCUUGGAAGCCCAGUACAAGUACAUUGUGAUAGAGCCCACCCGCAUUGGUGAUGAGACAGCAUGCUGGAUCACCGUGGGCAACUGCUUGCACAAGACAGCUGUGCUGGCGGGCACCACCUGCCUCUUCACCCCAUUGGCACUGCCCCGGGAUUAUUCCCACUACAUCUCCCUGCCUGCCGGCGUGCUCAGCCUGGCCUGCUGCAGCCUCUAUGGGAUCUCCUGGUGGUUUGACCCGUGCUGUAAGCACCAGGUGGAGUACGAUGCCUGUAAACUGUCCCGCCUGCCUCUGCACACGCUCACCUCCUCCACCCCAGUGGUGCUGGUCCGGAAGGACGACCUGCACAGAAAGAGACUGCACAACACGAUAGCAUUGGCUGCCCUGGUGUACUGUGUAAAGAAGGUUUACGAGCUCUACGCUGUAUGACUCCAGGAGAGCGAGACGCAGAGCAGAACUGCGCAGCCCACAGGAGAGGAGAGCACUCAGAUCGCCACAGCAAUAUUUUGUGCUUGCUCUGUGAGGCAGCAGAGCCUGGGAAGGUGUUUGGUUUCAUACUUGUUAUUUUUUAAAAAAU